AUGGCUCCAAUGUAUGCAAAUGGAUACAUGUUUGAAUUUGAAACCCAACAUAUAUUGGAACCAUUUAAAGAUAUCAUUCUAUCAUACGGUCGCUAUAUCGACGAUAUCUUUAUGAUCAUUAAAGGCGACAACAGUAGUGCAGAAUCCAUGGUCCAAUACAUUAAUUCAUGUACACCGAAUGUACAGUUAACCAUGACAAUGGACCCACUUACAGUGGAUUUCCUAGAUGUACGGAUUAUACGAGAAGGCAAUAAGUUGGCAUACACGCUUUUUACAAAAUCAACUGACCGCAACACUUUACUUCAGGCUAACAGUUUUCAUCCUAAUGCUCUCAAACAAUCUCUACCAUACUCUCAAUUUCUUAGGGUCAUGAGAAAUAACUCGGACCCGGGCAAGGCCGAGGAACAAUUGGGCCUUAUGUGGGAAAAGUUCCAACGACGUGGCUACAGUGAUUGUGUACUACGUAAAGCUCUUGAUAAGUGCUAUUCAGCACAAGCCACAUUAGAAACUCCAUCGAUAAAGAGAUUGGUUUUUCCGACAACGUACACUACAGCAUCUCCACAAUUUAAGCAAAUGAUUGAGAAAAAUUUGAGAAUUUUGAGGAAUGAUAUGUCUUUACCAGAAACAUUCCGUCAACCACCCAUGAUGUGCUACAGGAGAAACAAAAAUCUUAAGGAUUUGUUAGUAAAGACGGACCCCAUACACUGUUAUGAGGAUAAACAGGGCUUUAUCAAUUUGGGCUGUUAUAAGUGCUUGGGCUGUGUCACUUGUGGGCACAUGCUAUCUGGCAAAUCGUUCACCCAUCCUCAUACAGGAAAGAAGUACAUCAUUAGACAUCGUUUAACUUGCACUACUGAUUUUGUAAUAUAUAAGCUAACCUGCCCUUGCGGGCUUACGUAUAUUGGCAAGACGGAUCUGCCCCUGCGCGAACGUAUUCGCAACCAUAGAUCCAGUAUAAGGGUGGCGUAUAGAGAUCAGAAAUCGGAUUUACCUGUGGCUAAAUAUUUUUUGAAGAAAGGACAUACGCUCCCGACUUUAAAACUCAUGGCAAUAUACCACCUCUUUGGAGGGGAGGCGACCGUAAGAAAAUGUUGCUACAACGAGAACUUUAUUGGAUCAGAACAUUGAGAACAGUAUAUCCAGAAGGUCUCAAUGAGAAAUAUACCUUGUCUGCAUUUCUAUAAUGGCAAUGAAAUGAAUUAUGUGAUGCCCACCCUGGGGGAUAGGCAUACAUGUCUAUAUUUCUCUCGCCACUGUGUAUAUUCAUUUUUUUGUUAUUGUUUUGGGGUGAGUAUUGGGUGCCCACCCAGUGGGAUAGGCAACCCUUUCAUUCACCCACAGCAACUAUGGUAGAUUGAGUCUUUAUGAGACAUUCUUUAAUUCUUUUGAUUAUCUGCAUUUUAUUAGAGGGAUGCCCUUGUUGGAUGUUUAGCAUUCAAUAGGGUUGUAUUUAUGGAGUUUAAGAUGCGGCAUGUUCUAAUAUAUCACAACCCCCCUAUUUAAUAUUCCAUGAGGGUCCGAUUUCAUUGUGACCAUGGGGCCACGGUUAUUCAGUUCUGUAUUUUGCUUUAUGAAUAACUUAAUGUGUUAGUUCUGUGAUACACAUGUGAUGUUUUAUAGUUAGGUAAGCAAUUUAUUUAAUUUUCAGGGUCCUUUGAUUUAAUAUUUCUCUCUUGAGAUUUGUAUAGACAUCUAUUUCCUUUGUCUGACAAGCCUGAUUUCAUAAACCUCAAAGUGAUUGGUAGCUAUGGUUAAUCUUUUAGAUAUUUGUUUCAGCUGUCAAGUUCAAUAUGUAUAUUAAGUACUGUUUAAAUAACAUAAUUGUCAGCUUCUUUAUGCUGCAUAACCGUUUGAAUCAUUAAAUCCCCAGGAGUCUAGCGUCAAACAGUGGAUACAUUGUUUUUAACAUCAGAUUAGUGUGUUACAUCACAUUUGUUGUUAUAGGUUGUCAUGGUGAUGACCCCUGGCCGCGUCAUUGAGCGUGACGCCGUGCGGCUGCAGACGUACGUCGGGCAGCCCGCGGCAGUCCCGGUCCGGGCAUCCAUGGAGUCAGACGUGUUAAAAGUGUGGUGA